CUACCCGCACCCCCCCUCUUCUUCUUCCUCUCUUUCUCUCCUUUCUUCUCCAAAUCUCCUCCCAUGGCAGCCCCUCCCCCUCACACCCCUUCUCCCUUACGUCACACACAACACAUAUACGCGCACAUAUGCGAAGCAUACACACACAACUCGUCGAUCUCCUUCUCUUGUCCGCCAUGGUUGCGUCUUCAAGAUCUUGCCACUGCGUCCAUUGCUUUGCUUCUUCUUCCUCGUCACAUGCUGCCCGCCAUGGCUGCUCCUACAGCUCUUCAAAAUGAUCAAAAGAUUCCAUCACUGCUGUCCGCCAUGGUUGCGUCUCCAAGCUCUUCAAACGAGCACGAGAUCCCGUCGCAUUGCUGCCCGUUGUUUCUUCUUCUUCGCUCGUCGCUACUGCUGCUUCUCCUUCUUCAUCCGUCGAGUUGCUCCAGCCAUGGAUGCUGCCCGGUGCUACUAUUUCUCCUCCAUGUUUCACGUCGUUGCUGGCCUUCUCCGCUCUUCGUUGCUACUGUCUUCUUCUUCAGAUCAUCACCUGUUUGUUGCUUCUUCUUCUCCGACGUUGCUGCUGUGUUUCUCCAUUGUUGUGGCUGCUGCCCGUGUUGCUUCUUUGUCGUUGUCACUGUUACGACGCUGCUGCUGCUCUGUUUCUUCACGGCCAUGGCUGCUGCGGCGUUUCCUUCUUCGUCCUCUUCCAAACGACCAAACUACUUUCCAUUCGAGUUCUCGCUUCGAUUCGGUACACGACUGUAAUACUAGCUAUUGCAAGCUGAAAAAUGUGAAGCAUGAAUACAUGAAGUCAACCUUAUCCGGAUUGAGCGACCGUUGAGUGACCGUGCUAGAACCACGGAACUCGGGA